AUGCUCAAGCCCAAGGACCUGUGUCCCCGAGCGGGUACGCGCACCUUCCUUGAGGCCAUGCAGGCGGGCAAAGUGCACUUGGCCCGUUUCGUGCUGGACGCGCUGGACCGCAGCAUCAUCGACUGUCGCGCGGAGCAGGGCCGGACGCCGCUCAUGGUGGCCGUGGGGCUGCCGGACCCCGCGAUGCGCUCGCGCUUCGUGCGACUGCUGCUGGAGCAAGGUGCGGCCGUGAACCUGCGGGACGAGCGCGGCCGCACUGCACUCAGCCUGGCCUGCGAGCGAGGCCACUUAGACGCGGUGCAGCUGCUGGUGCAGUACAGCGGCGAUCCGGAGGCGACGGACUCGGCGGGCAACAGCCCGGUGAUGUGGGCGGCGGCGUGCGGGCACGGGGCGGUGCUGGAGUUCUUGGUGCGCUCUUUCCGCCGCCUGGGCUUACGCCUUGACCGCACCAACCGUGCGGGCCUCACCGCGCUGCAGCUGGCUGCCUCCCGCGGCCACGGGACCUGUGUGCAAGCCCUCACUGGGCCUUGGGGGCGGGCAGCCGCUGCGGCAGCGGCCCGGGGCUCCAACUCCGACAGUCCCCCUGGCCACCCUGCCCCGGAGCCCAGCCCAGAGCGUCGACGACCCAGCCCCCGUCGACUACCGCGCCCUCUUUUGGCACGGUUUGCGCGAGCUGCCGGCGGCCACGGGCACGGCCACGGGCACGGCCACGGCCACGGAGGUGAGCUUGCCUCCGCCAGCAAGGGUUCGGGCCGUCAUAGGGCACAAGGCAACGAGAGACCAGAGUUGGGCCGGAGCAUGAGCCUAGCUCUGGGUACCAUGACGGAGGAGGAGACGGCACGCCUUAGGGCAGGAGCUCUGAUGGCCCGACCAAACUCACCCCAGGCUUCGGGGAGUGGGCGGUGGCGGUCACAUGAGGUGCUGGAGGGAGCGCCACUGGCCUUAAAGCAAGCCCCGGUCGGCCUUAGUCCUCAUCCAGAGGGUGACCCCGGCUCUGGCCGUCUGGGUUUGCGCCGACGGUCCACAGCCCCAGACAUCCCCAGCCUGGUCGGGGAGGCUUCAGGGCCCGAGAGUGGCCCGGAAUUAGCGAACAACGCUCUGCCUUUCUCAGCGCCUGGGCCAAAGCCUUGGCAGGCGGGCACAGAGGCUGUGGUACUUCAGGCUCAGCGGUAA